AUGUGCGGCGCGGCGGUGAUUAAUAACGUGCAGGCGCGCACCGCGGGUCUGCGAGAGCUCGAAUCCCAGCAGCUGCCGCAGCACAUGCGACGCGAGGGCUGGAGCUUCUUAAAGACGGCGCGGAUGCGGCGCGAAGAUAGUUUGAGUUCCUUGGAGACGCCGCAGCAUGACGAGGCGCCCUUGGAGAAACCAGCAGUGCGAGUGGAAGUGAGGCGGCAUCAGCGGCGCUCGCUGCUGCAGCAGUGGUUCCGUGAUGCUCCUGAGGGGCUCGUCUCGUCCUCCGUUGACCUACUCCCGCAGGUCAACGCAGUCAACGCAGUCAACCCUCUUGAUGUGGUCAACCGAGUUCCACCAGUCAACGACUUGACAGCCGUCCAACGGGCUUCGAGUUCGCGGUGUGGCCUCGCAACCAGGCCCGAGCAACUGACGACCACGCAAAAAGAGAUGGAGGUGGGGGAGGUACAUGCGGGGGAGGUGUUUAGGCGGCCAGUGGAGGACAUUCGACAGCAGUGGCUUCUGCUGAAGAGAGAGAUAGGCAGGGGGCAGUACGGUGUGAUACGGCGAUGCGUGCACCGCAGCACCGGGGAGAUCGCUGCCUGCAAGAGCAUCCGAAAAUCCGCCAUUCAGAGCGUUGCUGACGUGGAGGCAGUGCGGAAUGAGGUGGCGUUCAUGGAGGAACUCGAGGGUCACCCCAACAUCAUUCGAAUCAAGCAGGCUGCGGAAACAAACAAGCACGUGCACGUGGUGAUGGAGCUCUGUGAGGGGGGAGACCUGUUUGACCGCAUUGACUCGCACGGAAGGCUCUCGGAACCUUCUGCAGCGCGCAUCUUCCGAUCGCUCAUGCUGGCCUUGCAGCACUGCCACUCAUGUGGCAUCGUGCACCGCGACGUCAAACCCGAAAACGUGCUUAUAUCGAACAACCCUGCUUAUAACGAGGACGUCCCAGGAGCCAUGUUCAGCAUGUGCCCAGAAUUGCCUGAAAGCAUCAAACUGAUUGACUUUGGAGUCGCUGCGAGAUUGACUCCGGGUGUGCCUCUUUCUGAGGUGGUGGGGACGGCAGAGUACAUGGCUCCUGAGGUGUUUUCAGGUGCAUACGGCCGGGAGUGCGAUGUGUGGAGCGCUGGUGUUACUCUCUUCAUAAUGCUCUGUGGGAAGACUCCGUUCCUACGUGAUAGACCUGCCAACUCUUACAGCAGCAGAAAAGGCAGCAGGUGCAGCAGCAGUGGGGAGGAGGGAGCAGCAGGUGAAGAGGGUGUGUGGCGGAAGGUGGUGGAGGCGAAGAGGAGGGGGUUCAGCCACAGCCAGAGGUGGCAGGAGCUGUCGUCACCAGCCAAGCAUCUCAUCAUUCGCAUGCUCUCUGCCGAUCCAAGGACCCGAAUCACUGUGGACGAGAUCCUUGAGCAUGAAUGGAUUGCGACCUCGGAGAGGAUAGUAAGGGUAUAA